GCUGCAGCUAACAAUUAGAAAUCCUUUAUCACCUCAGCCUGGGGCCCCUUGCACCUUCCUACCCUCCUUCAGGAUCCCUUCCUUCCUCUCCAGGGCUAUACAUCUCCUCCAAGCUCUGCAAAAGAACUGCUUCGUCUUCUAGAUGCCUUCUUGAGCCUGCUUGUGGCCACCCACAGACACUUGUAAGGAGGAGAGAAGUCAGCCUGGCAGAGACACUGUGAAAUGAGGGAUUAGAGGCCGGGAUCCAAGGAGCCAAAGCUACAGCCAGCAGACAAGGGAGCCUGCCCCGAAGUCGCGUGUGCUGAGAGGUCUGCCAUGGCCUCUCUUGGCCUCCAGCUUGUGGGCUACGUCCUGGGCCUUCUGGGGCUGUUGGGCACCGUGAUUGCCAUGCUGCUCCCCAGCUGGCGAACAAGCUCCUAUGUUGGUGCCAGCAUUGUGACUGCGGUUGGCUUCUCCAAGGGCCUCUGGAUGGAGUGUGCAACACACAGCACAGGCAUCACCCAGUGUGACAUCUACAGCACCAUGCUAGGCCUGCCCGCUGACAUCCAAGCUGCCCAGGCCAUGAUGGUGACGUCCAGUGCCAUGUCCUCCUUGGCGUGCAUUGUCUCUGUGGUGGGCAUGAGAUGCACAGUCUUCUUCCAGGAGUCUCGAGCCAAAGACAGAGUGGCGGUUGUGGGCGGAGUCUUCUUCAUCCUUGGAGGCCUCCUGGGCUUCAUCCCUGUUGCCUGGAAUCUUCACGGGAUCUUGCGAGACUUCUACUCCCCACUGGUGCCUGACAGCAUGAAAUUUGAGAUCGGAGAGGCUCUUUACCUGGGCAUUAUUUCCUCCCUGUUCUCCCUGAUAGCUGGAAUCUUCCUCUGCUUUUCCUGCUCACCCCAGGGAAAUCGCUCCAACUACUACGAUGCCUACCAGGCCCAGCCCCUGGCCACUAGGAGCUCUCCAAGGCCUGGUCAAGCGCCCAAAGGCAAGAGUGAGUUUAACUCCUACAGCCUGACAGGGUAUGUGUGAAGAACCAGGGGCCAGAGCUGGGGGUGGUGGCUGGGUCUGUGAACACCAGUGGACACCCCCCUCCCCCAGGCCCACAGGUGAGGGAUAUUGGCACUGGAUCGUGUCAGAAGGUGCUGCUGAAGAUAGACUGACUUUGGCCACUGGAUCAAACAAAGGCAGAAACAGGAGCUGGUGUGACAGGAUGCAGGUUAAACUGUCAAGACUCUUGCUAAGCCAGACUUUCUGUUUCCUUCAUCUUGGCACCCUCCACCCCCACCCCAGCCUUCGAAUACCCAACCCUCAACUCCAACCACCCCCCACCAGAAGCCAGGCCCCAGCAUCUCCCCUUUACCCUUUGAUUUACCUUGGAGUCCAUCCAAAAGCCCACUAAGUACAUCCCACUGACUGACCCUCUCUGUGAUCAAA